AUGAAGGAACCAAUAAAAAAUGAAAUGGGAGAUAGAGAAAUAAAUGCAGAGAAUGUUUUUAGAAACAAUAAUUUUAAAAGUAAGGAUUGUUUACUAGAAGAGAAUAAUAUUAAAGAUUUAAAUUCUACAUGUUCUAAAAAUAUGGUCCCUCCUAUAACAGUUAUAUUGAAGGAAGAAAAUCAUACUUCCAACACAUAUGAAAUGAUGGAAAAUAAUAAAAAUAUUAAAAAUGAUGAUGAUAAUAUUAAAAAUGAUGAAGAUAAUAAUAAUAAUAAUAUUUGUAAAAGUGAAACUUAUACUUACAGUGUAAAUAAUAAAAAACCAAAAGAAGACAAAGCACAAAAUAUACCAAAUGGGAAUACAAAUAAUAACAUUAUUAUUUAUACCAAUAAAAAAAAUAAUGAAAAUAAUAAUUGCUUAAAUGAUGUUAUAAAUAAAUAUUUAAAUGAUUUAGAUAAUCAAGAAAAGGUAUUACCUAAAGGUGAACAUGAUAAAUGUCGAAAUGAUACAAACAAUAUAAAUAAUACAAACAAUAUAAAUAAUACAAACAAUAUAAAUAAUACAAACAUUAUAAAUGUUUUAAAUAAUACAUACAAUUUAAAUGUUCCAAAUAAUACAAACAAUAUAAAUGUUUUAAAUAAUACAAACAAUAUAAAUGUUUUAAAUAAUGCAAACAAUUUAAAUGUUCCAAAUAAUACAUGUAAUAUUAAUAAUAAUAAUUAUUAUUAUACUGUAAUGAACAGUGAAGGGGAUAGUCUUAAUAAAAAUUAUAAUAAUUAUUUUAAUGAUAAUAAUAACUCUUAUAUUUAUCAUGAGAAUAAAAAUAUAAAUAUGAAUCCCUAUUUAAAUCUACAAGGAUAUAUUUAUAAUACAACUAUACAAGAACAACAAAAUGGGUUAUGUGAACAAUACAUCCCAUAUAGUACCAAUAAUAAUGAUGAUCACAUAGAUAAUUUUAUUAAUGAGGUGUACGAUGAGGAUUCCUAUAGUAUAUAUUUUUCAAAUUUAAGCGAUAAUAUGAAAAAUGAAAAUUAUGAUAAUAGUAAUAAUAAAAAUAAUACUUGUGUGACACCCCUCGAAAAUAUAUAUGAAUAUAAGAACUUAUCACAGCAACAACAAUGUAAUGAUGAAAAUAAUUAUUAUUCACAAAAUAAAAAAAGAAGCACUUAUUCAAACGAUAAUAAAACGAAUAGGCCUGUCAUAUAUACUAAAGAAAAUAAAUAUGAAAGAGGUUUAUAUAAAACUUCAUAUACAAAAGAUAAAAAUAAUUUAUAUAACAAUGGUAAAAUGAAAAAUUAUAAAUAUGAUGAAAAAAAAAAAGAUAGAAAAAUGGAUAAUAAUAAUAAUAAUAAAAACAAUAAUAAUAACAAUAAUAAAAACAAUAAUAAUAACAAUAAUAAAAACAAUAAUAAUAACAAUAAUAAUAAUAAUUUUUAUGUUGAGAGAAAUAUUACAUACAAUAAAAACAAAAAGGAUAACAAAUUUUUUUAUGAUGAUAAAAAAUAUAAAAGCCAUUCUGAAGAAUCUGAAUGUAGUAUAUUCAAUGAUGAUUAUUAUCGUGUUCACUGUAAGUUAUAUGGUGAUGAAAAAAUAAAUAUUCCUAAACCAUUAAUAAAUAUGGAACAAUUAAGUAAAUUAUGUGAUGAAGAAUUAUACAAAAAUAUAUGCCUGAAAGGUUACUGUAAUAUGACUACUAUCCAAAAAUAUUCGAUCCCAGUAAUUUUAAAAAAAAUAAAUCUUUUAGCAUGUUCGCAAACAGGAAGUGGCAAGACGUUUUCUUUUUUAUGUCCUAUCAUAUCGAACCUUAAAAAAGAAAACGAGAUAUUCCGUCCUCACUUUCCUGGAUCGUAUGCCUGUAUAUCACCUUUAUGUUUAAUACUCUGUCCAACACGAGAAUUGGUAAUACAGAUACAAAACGAGGUUAAUAGCUUAACGAAAAAUAUGAAUAUAGUUUGCAUGUCCUUUUAUGGAGGGGAAACGAUGAAGGACCAAGUUGCCCAGAUAAAUGAAAAACAGGGAGAUAUUAUAAUUUGUACCGCAGGAAGACUAUUAGAUUUAUUAAAUAGUUGUAAAGUUAGUCUUUCAUUUAUAAAAUAUUUAAUUUUCGAUGAAGCUGAUGAAAUGAUUUCUCUAGGCUUGAAAAAACAAAUGGACGAAAUAAUUUUCCAAAAGGAUUUAAGUCCUAAGGAUACGAGACAGACAAUAUUUUUUACUGCCACAUUCUCGGAUAAGUUAAAGGAGGAUAUAGAAAAAUAUAUGAGCACCCCAUAUAUAUAUUUGAAUAUAAAACAAAAGAGGGAGACGAAGAAUAGAAUAAGAGAGAUUGUUAAAUAUGUUCCUGCAAAAUCCAAAUUUAUUGAACUUUUAAAGGAUAUUAAAAUAUUAAAAGGGCAAGCCAUAAUAUUUGUAGAAUUAAGGCACUCGAUAAAUAACGUAUUUAAUUUUUUAAAGACAAAAGGUUAUAAUGUGGAUUAUUUGCAUGGUAAAAUGAGUCAGAUUAGGAGACAAUCCGUUUUUGAAAAUUUCAGAAAAAAAUCUGUUCAAAUACUUAUAGCUACAUCAAUAGCUGCAAGAGGUUUAGAUUUUCCAGAUUUAGAAUUAGUAAUAAAUUAUGAUCUACCUUCAGAAUUUGAACAAUAUAUGCACAGAAUAGGAAGGACCGGAAGGAUAGGUAAAAGUGGUAUGGCAAUAAAUUAUUUUAAUAGUUCAAAUAAAAAUAUUAUAGAUAAACUUAUUGAUCAUUUGAAGAAAUAUGAUCAACCUGUUCCCAAUUGGUUGCUUCACUUCAAGAAAUAA